CGGUGUCGCGAUGGGGCGCGGGGCUGCGGGCAGGGCUCCGGUGCGGGCGCUGUGGCUGCUGUGCGCCGUGGCCGCGCUCCUGCCGCUGGGCAGCGGCAGCGUCGUCCGCCGCCGGCUCCACGCAGCCGGGUUCCUGCAGCGGAGGCUGAGCGGCGGCGAGCGACGGGACGUGCAACGGGAGAUCCUGGCCGUGCUGGGGCUGCCGGGCCGGCCCCGGCCGCGGAACCCCCCCUCUGCCCGCGGCCCUGCCGCCGCCGCGCCGCUCUUCAUGCUCGACCUGUACCACGCCGUGGCCGGAGAGGAGGAGGCGGAGGAGGAGGAGGAGGAGGCGGCGGUGUCGCGGCCGGUGCUCACCGGGCUCAGCACACAGAGCCCCCCGCCCGGCAGCGUCGUCAGCCGCGCAGACACCGUCGUCAGCCUCGUUAACGUGGUGGAGCAGGACCGGGACAUCCUCUCUCCGAAGCCAUAUUGGAAGGAGUUCAGGUUCGACCUGACCCAGGUGCCCGCAGGGGAGUCAGUGACAGCUGCUGAGUUCCGUAUCUACAAGGCACGAGGAGUCAGUGGCCACAGCAACAGCAGCCUGCACAUCAGUGUGUAUGAGAUCGCGGCUGAGCACUACAACAGGGAGUCUGACCUGUUCCUGCUGGACGUGCAGGACCUGCAUGCUGGGACCGAGGGUUGGCUGGUGUUUGAUGUCACAGCCGCCAGCAACCACUGGUUAGUGGAUCAGAAAUACAACCUGGGGCUGCGGCUCUAUGUGGAGACGGCUGAUGGGCACAGUGUGGACCCAGGCUCUGUGGGGCUGCUGGGGCGCCGGGGGCCCCGUUCCAAGCAGCCCUUCAUGGUGACGUUCUUCCGCGCCAGCCCCGGCCCCGCUCGCAUCCCAAGGGCGGCCAAAGGCCCGAGGCGAAGGCAGCACAAGAAGAGCAAUGAUCUCCCGCAUCCCAACAAGCUGCCGGGAAUCUUUGAUGAUGUCCAUGCUGCGGAUGGGCGGCAGGUCUGCCGGCGCCACGAGCUCUAUGUCAGCUUCCAGGACCUUGGCUGGCUGGACUGGGUGAUCGCUCCACAGGGAUACUCAGCCUAUUACUGCGAGGGGGAAUGUGCCUUCCCCCUGGACUCCUGCAUGAACGCCACCAACCAUGCCAUCCUGCAGUCCCUGGUCCACCUGAUGAAGCCCGAGGCCGUGCCCAAGGCGUGCUGUGCCCCCACGAAGCUCAGUGCCACCUCUGUCCUCUACUACGACAGCAACAACAACGUCAUCCUCAAGAAGCACCGGAACAUGGUGGUGAAGUCGUGCGGCUGCCACUGACGGCCGCAUCCCAUCGCAUCCCAUCGCAUCCCAUCGCAUCCCAUCCCCACCGGAGCAAUGCGACACCAGGGAAGCAUCGCUGCAUCCAUGGGCUGCAUCCUAGCAACGUCCAUGCAGAAUAAUGAGUAAUAAAAAUAAACCCUCCCACCCCUUUCCUAGAAGUGGAUGUAAAUAAUAUAAAGCUUUUAUUCUCUUACCACACUUAAUGGGACACAUCCAUAUAUACAUAUAGAGAGGAAAGA